AUGCACUGCUUAGAGGAGGAUCGUGGGCAGCAGGCUGACAUGCACUGCUUAGAGGAGGAUCACUGGCAGCAGGCUGACAUGCACUGCUUAGAGGAGGAUCGUGGGCAGCAGGCUGACAUGCAGUGCUUAGAGGAGGAUCGUGGGCAGCAGGCUGACAUGCACUGCUUAGAGGAGGAUCGUGGGCAGCAGGCUGACAUGCACUGCUUAGAGGAGGAUCGUGGGCAGCAGCCUGACAUGCACUGCUUAGAGGAGGAUCACUGGCAGCAGCCUGACAUGCAGUGCUUAGAGGAGGAUCACUGGCAGCAGCCUGACAUGCACUGCUUAGAGGAGGAUCACCGGCAGCAGCCUGACAUGCACUGCUUAGAGGAGGAUCGUGGGCAGCAGGCUGACAUGCACUGCUUAGAGGAGGAUCGUGGGCAGCAGCCUGACAUGCACUGCUUAGAGGAGGAUCACUGGCAGCAGCCUGACAUGCAGUGCUUAGAGGAGGAUCACUGGCAGCAGCCUGACAUGCACUGCUUAGAGGAGGAUCACCGGCAGCAGCCUGACAUGCACUGCUUAGAGGAGGAUCGUGGGCAGCAGGCUGACAUGCACUGCUUAGAGGAGGAUCGUGGGCACCAGCCUGACAUGCACUGCUUAGAGGAGGAUCACUGGCAGCAGCCUGACAUGCAGUGCUUAGAGGAGGAUCACUGGCAGCAGCCUGACAUGCACUGCUUAGAGGAGGAUCACCGGCAGCAGCCUGACAUGCACUGCUUAGAGGAGGAUCACUGGCAGAAGCCUGACAUACACUGCUUAGAGGAGGAUCGAGGGCAGCAGCCUGACAUGCAGUGCUUAGAGGAGGAUCGACGGCAGCAGCCUGACAUGCACUGCUUAGAGGAGGAUCACCGGCAGCAACCUGACAUGCAGUGCUUAGAGGAGGAUCAGUUGCAGAAGCCUGACAUGCACUGCUUAGAGGAGGAUCACCGGUAG